AUGUCUGGCAUUCCGGGUGGCAAUCGCUCGUCACAAGCUGGUUCCUCCAGAAUUGAUAACAAUAAAACUAUCAACAAAGAUAAAACGUACUGGUGGGACGUUGCCCAUGUAACAUCACGUCAUUAUGAAUUGGAACAAAUUAUUAAUCGUGAACGUAUUUUUGGUUUUCGACGAAUUGUUAAACUAUUAGUUUAUGUCAUAUUCUUCUUAAUUGUUGUUUGUUCAUCUGUUGUAAGCAAAUUAAGUUUAUUUACAAUGAUUAAUGCUUACAAGAAAACCAAUCAGCCAAAUGAAUAUAUCAUACGAUGGCAACUAUUACUUGUUUUAACAUUAAUUGUUCCAUACAUUCUAACAUUUAUUUACAGUGUAUCAUUGUCAUUAUUUUAUGUCAAAAAAUCACCUCCAUUUCUAUUGUUUAUAUGGGUGCACAUAAUGGAAUCAUUACAUACCUGUGGUCUAGCAUUAUUUGUAUUCAAAGUUUUAACAGUUGUUGAUAAUGUUACGGGUUUAUUUAUUAUGAACGGUGUUUGUUUUAUUCCGGCAUUAUUAAAAUUGUUAUUUGCAUCUCGCCGAGAUCUAAAUCGUACGUUGAGAACGCUGACAUUAGCUGUUGAUGUUAUGACUCUUAUAAUGCAAUCGUGUGUUUGUUUCAUUCCAUAUAUUCUCUAUUAUUAUAAUAAUGAACAAUUUCGAACAUUAUCAAAAUCAAAAAAAGAUCUUUUAUGGUCACUACCAUUAUCAUUAUUAUUAAUUUCAUUUGGAUACUGGGAAAGUUUUGCUGUUGUACGUCAUCCAAAACAUCGUAUUAGUGAUCGUUUAUUGCGAGCAAUUCAUCUAUUGAAAAAAACACGGCCAAAAGUAUAUAUAACAGCAAGUAUUUGGAAAAUAAUCAUCAUUGUGGCAGCUACUUACUAUUUUUUGCCAUCAACAAUUCCAAAAAAAGCUUAUUUUAAUUUAUUUAAAAAUAUCACAAUGGGAAACUAUACAACGAAAACAACAGUAGGUGGUUAUUCAGUAAAAGAAGACAUUUUUAAAGUAUCCUAUGAAGUUUAUCUACCAAUGAUUGUUCAAAUUAUAUCAUCAUGUGUCUGUUAUUAUACAGGAAGAAUAGCUUGUAAAGUAUUAAUGCAAUGUUUUGGCUUUUCAUUACCGUUAACAAUAUCAUCAUUAGUUACGUACAGUGUUUUAUUCUUUGUUAACGGCUUCAACACUGAUAUUAUACCCGUUGGACGUCUAUUUUAUGUAGAUAAACCACAAAAACGUUUGGCAAUGAUACAUAAGUUGUUUAUUGUACCAUUUUAUGAGUCACCUAUUGUUGAACAAAAUUUAUUAUUGAAUAAAACACGAAAAGAUGAAACAGAAAUGAAAGAUAAUGUUGAACCAGAUAUACAAGGUGAACGAAAAUUUCCUGUACCAAUGAUUUAUGUUUGUGCAACAAUGUGGCAUGAAACAACAAAUGAAAUGGCACAACUUCUCAAAUCAAUAUUUCGAAUCGAUUCUGAUCAGCAUGCUCGUCGUUCCGUUCAAAAACAUUUGCGUGUGAUUGAUCCAGAUUAUUAUCGUUUUGAAGCUCAUAUUUUAUUUGACGAUGCAUUUGAAGAUGACGAAUUAGAAAACAGAAUUCCAAAUCGCUACGUUAAACAAUUUGUAUCUGUUGUCAAUGUGGCUGGAGCUUAUGUGCACGGUGUUGAAAGAGUUUUAGAUGAUCCAAUUAAAAUUCCGACACCAUACGGUGGACGUCUUGUGUGGAUUUUACCUGGAAAAAAUCGUCUGAUCGUACAUAUGAAAGAUAAAGAUUUAAUUCGUCACAAAAAACGUUGGAGUCAGGUCAUGUACAUGUAUUAUUUAUUAUCAUUUAAAUUAUUGAGACGGAAACCAGGACAUAAUUUAUCUCAUCAUGCACCACGAACAGAAACAGAUUUUAUUGGUUUUAGUGAUUUUUUAAAAAACUUACCCGAAGAAAAGAAAAUAUUGGUUCAAAAUACUUUUGUAUUGGCAUUAGAUGGCGAUGUUGAUUUUAAACCUGAAGCUGUUCUACUUUUGGUUGAUCGUAUGAGGAAAAAUCCAAAAGUAGCUGCUGCAUGUGGUCGAAUUCAUCCGACUGGUGAUGGUCCGAUUGUGUGGUAUCAACAAUUUGAAUAUGCUGUUGGUCAUUGGCUUCAAAAAGCAGCCGAACAUAAACUGGGAAGUGUUUUGUGUUGUCCUGGCUGCUUUUCAUUAUUUCGCGGUUCAUCAUUAAUGGAUGAUAAUGUCAUGAGACGUUAUGCUGAUAAAUCAACAGAAGCAUUUCAUUAUGUUCAAUAUGAUCAAGGCGAAGAUCGUUGGUUAACAACGUUACUGUUACAACAAGGUUAUCGUAUUGAAUAUUGUGCAGCAUCCGAUGCUUUAACUCAUGCACCUGAAACAUUUCAUGAAUUUUUUAAUCAGCGUCGUCGAUGGAUGCCAUCAACAAUGGCAAAUAUAAUUGAUUUAUUAAAAGAUUCUCGUCAUACAACUCAUGUUAAUGACAAUGUAUCAAAGUUAUUUAUGUUUUAUCAAGCAGUUUUAUUUGUAUCUACCAUUCUCGGUCCAGGAACAAUUUUGUUAACAAUAGCAUCAGCGUUAAGAACUGUAUUUUCAAGUUUAACAUUAGCCGAAUCAUAUACGUUAGCCGUUACACCAGCCAUUUUCUAUAUUAUUAUUUGUUUAAAGACAAAAGUCAAUACACAAAUAGCUAUUGGAGCGUUUAUGACAGCUGUUUAUGCUCUUGUUAUGUCGAUGGUACUUGUUGCAACAGCUGCACAAAUAUUUAAAGCACAAGUAUUAAGUCCAAGUGCUGUAUUUUUACCAAUUGUUGCUCUUGUGUUUAUGGUCACUGGUUUACUUCAUCCAUCGGAAAUAUUAAAUUUAUUACAUGGUUUUCUCUAUUUGGUUACGUUACCAGGUGGCUACUUGUUUUUAGUUACUUAUGCAUUGUGCAACCUGCAUGUUGUCUCGUGGGGAACUAGAGAAACAGAAACAGUAAAAAAGAAACCAAUUCAACAUGUUGAACAAAUAGAAGAUGCCAAAAAAAAACGUAAAUCAGAUGUAAUAGCUAAUCUCUUUUGGGGAGGCAGUGAUGGACAACAAGGACAAAAAGGUUUAAUUUCUCAUAUUGGUGAUGCAUUUCAACAAAUUUUUCGGCCAACAGCGAGAAAACAAGAAUUACUUUUACAAAAAAUUGUCGAUAGAUUAGACAACGUUAGUGACACAAAAGAAAAACAAUCGGUUUUCAAUAAUAAUAUUCAGACACCGAAUCGCUUAAAUGUUUCUACUACACCUGCAACUCCUCGUCAACAGGAUGCAAUGUCAGAAACAAAUAUGGUACCUACAUCAUCAAUAGUAUCAGAACCGUUAUCGACUGGGGUACCUAAUUCAACAUUGUUAAUAACUCGAAAUUAUAUGUAUAAUCCAUAUUGGUCUGAAUUACCGUGGCUAGGCUCAGGAUCAAUUGGUUUUUUGAAUACCACUGAAAUUACUUUUUGGAAACAAUUAUUAGAAAAAUAUUUAUCACCAUUAGAUAAAGAUCCUGAGGAAGAAAAACGUAUUAAACGUAAUUUAAUUGAUUUACGAAACAAUGCCGGUUUUGCUUUCUUUAUGUUGAAUGCUCUAUGGAUUAUCUCACAAUUUCAAUGUGAAUAUGUCUCAGGAAAAUUUAGUGAAUUUAUGAUUGAUUUAGGUCGUGUAUAUAAUCGUCCAGGACAAAAAGUGCAAGCAUUAGGUUUAUUAUUUAUGACAUUUUUUUCUGCGUGCUUAUUAGUCCAAUUUUUAACAAUGUUAUUACAUCGUUGGGGUACAUUUAUUGAAAUUUUAGCUAGUACAAAAUUAUUUGAAAAACAUCGAAAAUAUAAAUUGAAACCGGGUACAAAAUUAGAUGGUAUAUCAACACAAGAAGCGGUUGAUCUAUUAAAAGAAAUGGAUGUUGAAUUAGCUACACUUUCACCACCACCAUCUUCAGCUCGUACCCUGAUAGCUAAUCCAAAUGUACUUGAAAUAACAGAUCAUCAAGAACAACACCAGCGGUCAUUACCUCAUCAAGAAAGUUAUCGUCAUCCAUACAAUAGUUACUUUGAUGACGAUGAAGAAGAAUUUUUAAAUGAUGAAGAUACAAUUAUUACUAUACCACCACCAGAUUAUUUUGAUCAUCCAGCGGUUCAAGAAGCAUCAACAACUCCUCGAAGAUAUAAUCAUGAUGACUAUUGA